AGUUCCGGCUGCAUGGCUGCACGGCUGCAUUGCUGCUCCUGCUAUGUACUGCUGCAAUGCUGCUGCUGCAAUACUGCAAUGCUGCAAGUUCUCGGGCCUUUCUUUUCUUGCUUGCUUGGGUAGGCUCUGCUGCUGGAUGCUGGCUGCCUGCACGGCGUGCUCGAGGUGUUAGGUAUUCAGGUCGCCAAUGUAAUCACCGUGUUCACCGUGUUCACCGUGUUCACCGUGUUCACCGUGUCGACUACAUAUCAUACCGUACAUACACAAAGCAUGUGUUUCUGGAUACGAUUCCUGGGGUGUGGGUGGGUGUGUUGGCUGUUGGGUCUGUGUAUCCGUGUCUGUAUGGGUCUGUAUGCAUCUGUAUCUGUCAGUUUCUGUGUGUGUCUCCGAGCGUGUCUGUGUCUGCGUAUGUCUAUGUCUGCGUAUGUCUCCGAGCGUGCCCGGUCCAACUAUCUAGGUGCAUAGUUAACAACUGACAGGACAGAGAAGCAGACGCGAGAGCCUGCUUGCUUGCUUACUUGCAUGGCCCAUGGUGGUGGGGAAGGCCUAUAUACGGGGAUGGUAUGCGGUAUACGGGGAUGGUAUCGGGGAUGG